AGCGCCCGCCGGGCCAGGCCGAGCCGAGCCGAGCCGAGCCGAGCCGAGCCGAACCCAGCCCGGCCCAACAGAGCCCGGCCGCGCCCGCCCGAGCCCAGCCGAACGCGGCCGGGCCGAGCCGAGCCGAGCCCGGUGCAGCCGAGCCCAGCCGAACCCAGCCCAGCCGAACCGCGCCGAACCCCGCCGAGCUCGCCCGAGCUCAGCCGAACCGGGCCGGGCCGAGCCGCCGCAGCCGCACCGAACCGAACCGAAGCGGGCCGACCCGCGCCGCACCGCGCCGGCCGAGCCCGGCUCGGCCCGGCCGUUCCGAACGGCGCCGAGCCGUUCCGACCUGUUCCGGGCGGCGCCGAGCGCGCGGGGCGGGUCCCGGUCCCCCCCGGCCGCUCCGUGACUAAAUAAGGCCGAUGGCGCGGCGCGCACCGGGCGGCUAGAGCGGGGGGGCUCGGCCCCGCCGCCCCCCGGACCCGCCCCGGCCCCGCCGCUCCGCGCCGCGGCGGGCGGGGUGCGGCCCCGCGCCGGGAGGGCCCCCCCGGUGCCGGGGCCCCCCCGGAGCGGCGCCGUCCUUGGCUCAAGGGCAGCGGGACCCCCCGCGGCGCGGGGCCCCCCCGGGCCGGCCCCCCCGCCCCGCCGGCGCUGCCCAUGGGCCCGGCACGAUGCCGGUGCGGCGGGGGCACGUCGCCCCCCAGAACACCUUCCUGGACACCAUCAUCCGCAAGUUCGAGGGGCAGAGCCGCAAGUUCAUCAUCGGGAACGCGCGCGUGGAGAACUGCGCCGUGAUCUACUGCAACGAGGGCUUCUGCCGGCUCUGCGGCUACUCGCGGGCCGAGGUGAUGCAGCAGCCCAGCACCUGCGAGUUCCUGCACGGCCCGCGCACGCAGCGCCGCGCCGCCGCGCAGAUCGCCCAGGCGCUGCUGGGCGCCGAGGAGCGCAAGGUGGAGAUCUGCUUCUACCGCAAGGAUGGCAGCUCCUUCCCAUGCCUGGUGGACGUGGUGCCGGUGAAGAACGAGGAUGGCACCGUCAUCAUGUUCAUCCUCAACUUCGAGGCCGUGAGGGAGCCUGAGCCCGGGGAGGCCCCGACCCCCAGCACCAACCACUGGGUCACCCCGGCCCCCUGGGGCCCGGCAGGCCGCAGCCGCUCCCUGCGCCUGAAGCUGCUGGCGCUCACGGGCAGCCGCCAGUCGCUGCCCCCCGAGCCCGCGGAGCCCCCGGACGUGGUGGUCGUGGACCCGGGGGUCGCGGAGCCGCUGGCCGCGGAGCCCGCCGGCGACUCGGGCCCUGAGGACGCGUCCUCGUCGCUGGAGCCCGGCGCCGGGGACCGUGCCGAGGACGAGGCGGCGCUGAUGGGGGACCCCGAGCCGCCGGUGCCGCCGUCGCCGCGGGCCGAGCGCCUGGCGCUGGCCUUCGCCAACCACAGCCUGGCCCGGAGCCGCUCCCGGGAGCGCCGGUCCCGGGAGAGCCUCCGCAGCCUCCGCCGCGCCUCGUCCGUGGAUGACAUCGAGGCCAUGAAGGGGGACGGGGACAAGCGCUGCCACAGCCGCCACGCCAGCGCCAGCGCCGGCCUGCAGCGCGGCUCCAGCACCGGCGCGGUGGCCGCGGUGCGCAGCGCGCUGCUCAACUCCACGUCGGACUCGGACCUGGCGCGGUUCCGGGCCAUCGGCCGCAUCCCCCAGAUCACCCUCAACUUCAUGGACCUGCAGCCGGGGGGGCUCCUGGCCCCGCCGCCGGCCCCCCGCCCCAUCAUCGCCCCCACCAAACUGCGCGACCGCACCCACAACGUCACCGAGAAGGUCACACAGGUGCUGUCCCUGGGUGCUGACGUGCUCCCCGAGUACAAGCUGCAGGCGCCGCGCAUCCACCGCUGGACCAUCCUGCACUACAGCCCCUUCAAGGCCGUGUGGGACUGGCUCAUCCUGCUGCUGGUCAUCUACACGGCCAUCUUCACGCCCUACUCGGCCGCCUUCCUGCUCAGCGACUCCGAGGAGGCGCAGCGCCACCAGUGCGGCUACUCCUGCAGCCCGCUCAACGUGGUGGACCUCAUCGUGGACAUCAUGUUCAUCAUCGACAUCCUCAUCAACUUCCGCACCACCUACGUCAACUCCAACGAGGAGGUGGUCAGCCACCCCGCCAAGAUCGCCAUCCACUACUUCAAGGGCUGGUUCCUCAUCGACAUGGUGGCCGCCAUCCCCUUCGACCUGCUCAUCUUCGGCUCCGGCUCCGAGGAGACCACGACGCUGAUCGGGCUGCUGAAGACGGCGCGGCUGCUGCGGCUGGUGCGCGUGGCGCGGAAGCUGGACCGCUACUCGGAGUACGGCGCGGCCGUGCUCUUCCUGCUCAUGUGCACCUUCGCCCUGAUCGCCCACUGGCUGGCCUGCAUCUGGUACGCCAUCGGCAACGUGGAGGGGCAGCGCACGGGCUGGCUGCACGCGCUGGGACAGCAGAUCGGCAAGCCCCUCAACGGCAGCUUCGGGCCCUCCAUCAAGGACAAGUACGUCACCGCGCUCUACUUCACCUUCAGCAGCCUCACCAGCGUGGGCUUCGGCAACGUGUCCCCCAACACCAACUCCGAGAAGAUCUUCUCCAUCUGCGUCAUGCUCAUCGGAUCGCUGAUGUACGCCAGCAUCUUCGGGAACGUGUCGGCCAUCAUCCAGCGGCUGUACUCGGGCACGGCGCGCUACCACACGCAGAUGCUGCGCGUGCGCGAGUUCAUCCGCUUCCACCAGAUCCCCAACCCGCUGCGCCAGCGCCUCGAGGAGUACUUCCAGCACGCCUGGUCCUACACCAACGGCAUCGACAUGAACGCGGUGCUGAAGGGGUUCCCCGAGUGCCUGCAGGCCGACAUCUGCCUGCACCUGAACCGCAGCCUGCUGCAGAACUGCGCCCCGUUCCGCGGCGCCACCAAGGGCUGCCUGCGGGCGCUGGCCAUGAAGUUCAAGACCACGCACGCCCCCCCGGGGGACACGCUGGUGCACGCCGGGGACGUGCUCACCGCGCUCUACUUCAUCUCCCGCGGCUCCAUCGAGAUCCUGCGCGGCGACGUCGUGGUCGCCAUCCUGGGGAAGAACGACACCUUCGGGGAGCCGCUGCACCUGCACGCCCGGCCCGGGAAGUCGCGGGCGGACGUGCGGGCUCUCACCUACUGCGACCUGCACAAGAUCCUGCGCGAGGACCUGCUCGAGGUGCUCGACAUGUACCCCGAGUUCUCCGACCGCUUCUGGGGCACCCUGGAGAUCACCUUCAACCUGCGCGACACCAACAUGAUCCCCGGCUCCCCGGGCAGCGACGAGCUGGACGCGGGCUUCUCCCGGCUCCGGCGCCGCAAGCUCUCCUUCCGCCGGCGCCCCGAGAAAGACGCCGCCAGUCCCGGGGAGUCCCGGGCGCUGCGGGGGGACGGCGGGGGGGGCCAGGCCCCCGGAGCCCCCCGAGGCCCGGCCGAGUGGGACCCCCCCAGCCCAUCCAGCUGCGCCUCCAGCGACGAGGAGGAGCCCCCCGCGCCCCCGCCCGGGGCCACGGCGCUGUCCCCGUUCCGCAGCGCGGCCCCGGCUCCCCCCGAGCCCGAGGAGCGAGAGGGCAGCGACAUGUGCAACCCGCUCUCAGGCGCCUUCUCGGGGGUCUCCAACAUCUUCAGUUUUUGGGGUGACACCCGGGGCCGCCAGUACCAGGAGCUCCCCCGCUGUUCCCACGGGCCGCCCCCAAACCCCCCCCCGACCCUGACCCGCCGCCAGCGCUCCGACCUGGAAUCGCGCUUGGAUCUGCUCCAGAAGCAGCUCAACAGGCUGGAGUCGCGGCUGAGCACGGACAUCUCGUCCAUCGUGCAGCUGCUGCAGCGCCAGGUGCUGGUGCCCCCCGCCUACAGCGCCGUGAGCUCCCCGCACCAGCCCCCCCCGGGGCCGCUGCCCCCCGCCCUGCCCGUCACCCCCCUCCGGCCGCUCGCUCAGGUGCCGCGCCCCCCGCGCGCCCCGGACCCCCCGGACGUGGUGCUGCUGCUGGAGCCGCCCCCCCCGCGGCGCCGCUCCCUGCCCGGGGCGCUGCCCCCCCCCCGCGGGGACCCCCCCGGGGACCCCCCCGCUCCAGAGACACUGCUCCGACCCCGGCAGCUAAUGGGAGCGCCGGGGCGCGGCGGGACCCCCGGAGCCACGGGACCCCCGACCCCGGAACGCGGGACCCCCGCAGCCCUCGGACCCCAGGACGUGGGACCCCUGGAGUCCUCAGGCCCCGAGAGGCGGGACCCCCAAAGCCCAGGACGGGGGAGCCCCGGCCCCGGAGUGUGGGAGCCCCGGACCCCGGGGCCCGCAGCCCGGGACGCAGCAGCCGGGACCCCCGGAGCCACAGGAUCCCCGGCUCCGCCCCCUGCGACCCCCGGCCCCGCAGUGUGGGACCCCCAGAGUCCUCGGAGCCCCGCACCCCGGCACCCGGGACCCCCGGAGCCGCAGGACCCCCGUCCCAGCAUGUGGGACCCCCAAAGCCCAGGACAGGGGACACCCUGGGACCCCUGACCCCGCAAGGUGGGGACACAGAGCCCCCAGCCCCGGGCCCCGGCUGCCCCGUGGGCGCUGCCCUGGGUGCCGGCGGGGGUCUUGGGGCCGCCGCGACCCCCGGUGUCCCGCUGGGGCCCCCUGCCCCGGCCUGUCAGACUGUGCUGCUCUUCCUCCUCCUCCUCCUCCUCCUCCUCCUCCUCCUCCUCCUCCUCCUCCUCCUCCUCCUCCUCCUCCUGCCCGAGCCCCGGGGCGGCGGGGGGGUGCACAGGUGUGCACAGGUGUGUGUGUGCACAGGUGUGUGUGCACAGACGUGCACAGCUGUGACUGUGCACAGGUGUGUGUGUGCACAGGCGUGCACAGGUGUGUGUGCACAGGUGUGUGUGCACAGGCGUGCACAGGUGUGUGUGCACAGGUGUGUGUGUGCACAGGCGUGCACAGGUGUGUCCCCGGCUCCUGUCCCAGGACGUCACGUGUGUGUCGGGGGUCCCGCUGCGCUGGGACACGCGUGCUGCCCCCCAUGUGUGUGUGUGUGUGUGUCCCCGCCGUGUCCCCCGCCAGGACCCCAGUGGCGCGUGGGGCCCGGUGGGUCCGUGUGUGCCCCCCGUGUGCCCCGGGACCCCCGGCUGAGGGAGGGCCGGGACCCUGCGUGUGCCCCUCCCCGUGCCCGAGCCCCGCGCACAGCGGGUGACACGCGGCAGUGUCACCCCACGCACAGGGAGGGGACGCCGGCUCGAGGGGCUGCCGCUGCCCCGUCGCGUGUGCUGUGUUUGUCCCGUGUCACCCCUGCAUGUCACCCCGCGUAGGCGCCCCCAAUAAACCAGACAGAGACCCCG